AUGUCGGUUACUUCAAAUCCCGACUUCGGUAAAGAAACCACGGCCACAGAGGUUUCUGUCGCACUCUCGAAGAACAUCUCAGGAAAGACUGUUCUCAUCACUGGCGUAAGCCCCGGAGGAUUGGGCGAGGCGACAGCUCUUGCUAUUGCAUCGCAGAAGCCCGAGCUCUUGAUCCUGGCAGCCAGAGACGCGGCCAAAGCUGAGGCUGUAGCCAAUAAACUGCAUAAACAAUUUCCGGAGCUUGUUUCUAAAGUCAUUCGGCUUGACCUCUCCUCUCAGACGUCUAUACGAGAAGCAGCCGACGAAAUCAACGGGGUUAUCCAUCAUCUUGAUAUCCUGAUCAACAAUGCUGGUGUCAUGUCUGUUCAGGAGCGCACACUUUCUGAAGACGGCUACGAGAUCCAAUUUGCUGUCAAUCACCUAGGCCAUUUCCUGUUGACCAAUUUGCUCAUGCCGAAGCUCCUGGUUGCUGCUAAGCACAAUGAACCGGGAGCCACCAGAGUCGUCAACCUAACUGGUAACUGGCAUAACUUCUCACCAAUUCGGUUUUCGGAUAUCAACUUCACCACAAACGAACUCCCACCUGAGGAACUUCCGAACGUUGCGUUGAUGUCAAAGAUGGGCAUCAACUGCGAUAAAGUCUACAUCCCUGAAGCAGCCUAUGGCCAGUCCAAAGCUGCAAACAUCUUGUUCUGCCUUUACAUCAAACACCACCUUCGCCAACGUGGGGUCACUGCUGUUGCUCUCAACCCUGGAGGCAUCCUCACAAACAUCGGGCGCCACUACGAUGAAGAAGAAGUCCAGCGCAUAGUUAAAAGUGGCUUGCUUAACAAGAAUCCAAACCAGGGAUCUGCAACUACUUUGGUAGCAGCCUUUGACCCCGCCCUCAAUGAAACGGAGGCUAUUUAUCUCAUGGACUGCCAGAUCACGCAGCCAGGGAAACACGCAAACUCUUUGGAUGUGGCUAAGAAGCUCUGGGAACUUAGUGAAAAAUGGGCUAAACAGAAGUUUGAUCUUGAGUUCUAGUUUCAUCAUUCUGGAUCUCAAGUUUCUGUGGGUAACAGAUGCUGAUUAUGAAAUAUCAUGAUUUCACCAAUAUUUUACAGGAGAGCGGCGGGU